ACAAGAUUCUUAACGUUUUCUUGACUUUACUCGACUUUUCUAGAUCACGGAAAAUGUUAUCCAGGAACUUUCUGAAGUAAUGUUAGGCUACAUAUGACGUUUAUUUGCUCGAACUUAAUUCCGUUUUGAUAUUUAAAUAGAUGUUUGAUUGCUCUGGUCUAGGGACGCAUCAUUUGCAGCCUUGCGAAUCGAAUUUUCUCUCCGCAAAUCCCUAGUCAUUAUCUUUACACUACAACAAAGUAGUCAAACUGUACUGUAGCCUACAACAUUUCAUGUCAUACAAAGAAACAAUAGCUUCCACAAUGGAUCGGGACAAAUCUAGCCCGUUCCCCUCCACCCUCCAGGAGACAACAGGUCGAUCGCCUCCCAGUACUUUACUGCUGGGUCUGGUCAUCUGCAGGAAAACACCAGGGCAGAGUGGAACUGAGAGAGGAGAAGGAGAAGAGGAACAUGGAGAUUUGAUUUCAUUAAGUAAGAACCAUGGGGACAUCCCUAAUCGUUGUUCUCUUAGUGGGAGGGGCUUAUCAUCUGGGGAGCCUCAACAACAUCAUGAUGCUGACAUGAAAGAGAUGAGUCUCUCCAGGUCAGAACACCUCAAGAAACACCAGCAGAGACGUAUAGGGAAGAAAUCUCACCACUGCUGUUCUGGCUGUGGGAUGAGUUUUGCUAAACAGAUGGAAUUGAUGAAUCAUGAGCCGAUUCACAAUAGAGAGAAACCGUACCACUGCUCUCAGUGUGGGAAGAGUUUAGCUGCAUCUAAAAUCUUAAAAUCUCAUCAGAGAAUUCAUACAGGGGAGAGGAUUUACACCUGCUUUGAUUGUGGGAAAUACUUCAGUCGUUCAGGAGACCUGACUGCACACCAACGCAUACACACAGGAGAGAAGCCUUAUAGCUGUGAUCAGUGUGGGAAGAGCUUCAAUCAUUCAGGAUCCCUGACUAAACACCAACGCAUACACACAGGAGAGAAGCCUUAUAGCUGUGAUCAGUGUGGGAAGAGCUUCAAUCAAUCAGGAUCCCUGACUACACACCAAUGCAUACACACAGGAGAGAGACCUUAUAGCUGUGAUCAGUGUGGGAAGAGCUUCCGUCAUUCAGGAUCCCUGACUACACACCAACGCAUACACACAGGAGAGAAGCCUUAUAGUUGUGAUCAGUGUGGGAAGAGCUUCACUCAUUCAGGAUCCCUGACUAAACACCAACGCAUACACACAGGAGAGAAGCCUUAUAGCUGUGAUCAGUGUAGGAAGAGCUUCAAUCAUUCAGGAUCCCUGACUACACACCAAUGCAUACACACAGGAGAGAAACCUUAUAGCUGUGAUCAGUGUGGGAAGAGCUUCCGUCAUUCAGGAUCCCUGACUACACACCAACGCAUGCACACAGGAGAGAAGCCUUAUGGCUGUGAUCAGUGUGGGAAGAGCUUCAAUCAUUCAGGAAACCUGACUGCACACCAACGCAUACACACAGGAGAGAAGCCUUAUAGCUGUGAUCAGUGUGGGAAGAGCUUCAGUCGAUCAGGAGCCCUGACUGCACACCAACGCAUACACACAGGAGAGAAGCCUUAUAGCUGUGAUCAGUGUGGGAAGAGCUUCAAUCAAUCAGGAGCACUGACUACACACCAACGCAUACACACAGGAGAGAAGCCUUAUAGCUGUGAUCAGUGUGGGAAGAGCUUCAAUCAUUCAGGAGCACUGACUACACACCAACGCAUACACACAGGAGAGAAGCCUUAUAGCUGUGAUCAGUGUGGGAGGAGCUUCAAUCAUUCAGGAUCCCUGUCUACACACCAAUGCAUACACACAGGAGAGCAGCCUUAUAGCUGUGAUCAGUGUGGGAAGAGCUUCAGUCGAUCAGGAGACCUGACUACACACCAACGCAUACACACAGGAGACAAGCCUUAUAGCUGUGAUCAGUGUGGGAAGAGCUUCAAUCGAUCAGGAGACCUGACUGCACACCAACGCAUACACACAGGAGAGAGGCCUUAUAGCUGUGAUCAGUGUGGGAAGAGCUUCAAUCGAUCAGGAGCCCUGACUACACACCUACGCAUACACACAGGAGAGAAGCCUUAUAGCUGUGAUCAGUGUGGGAAGAGCUUCAAUCAAUCAGGAGACCUGACUACACACCAACGCAUACACACAGGAGAGAGGCCUUAUAGCUGUGAUCAGUGUGGGAAGAGUUUCAAUCAUUCAGGAUCCCUGACUAAACACCAACGCAUACACACAGGAGAGAGACCUUAUAGCUGUGAUCAGUGUGGGAAGAGUUUCAAUCAUUCAGGAUCCCUGACUAAACACCAGCGCAUACACACAGGAGAGAAGCCUUAUAGAUGUGAUCAGUGUGGGAAGAGCUUUGCUCUAUCCGGUAACCUGACUACACACCAACGCAUACACACAGGAGAGAAGCCAUAUAGCUGUGAUCAGUGUGGGAAGAGUUUCAGGAAGAUAGAAUACUUGACUAUACACCAGCGCAUACACACAGGAGAGAAACCUUAUAGCUGUGAUCAGUGUGGGAAGAGUUUUUCUCAAAAUUCCACCCUGACUACACACCAGCUCACACACACUGGAGAGAAGCCUUACUCCUGUCUAUGUGGAAAGAGAUUUGCUCAUUCAGGGUCACUGAAACAACACCAGAACAAACACACAGGAGAGAAGCCUUAUAACUGUGAUCAGUGUGGGAAGAGUUUUGAUCAAUCAGGAGCCCUGACUAGACACCAACGCAUACACACAGGAGAGAAGCCUUAUAGCUGUGAUCAGUGUGGGAAGAGUUUUACUCGAGAUUACACCCUGACUGUACACCAGCGCAUACACACAGGAGAGAAACCUUAUCGCUGUGAUCAGUGUGGGAAGAGCUUUAAUCACUCAGGAGACCUGACUAUACACCAACGCAUACACACAGGAGAGAAGCCUUAUAGCUGUGAUCAGUGUGGGAAGAGUUUCAAUCAAUUAGGACACCUGACUAGACACCAGCGCAUACACACAGGAGAGAAACCUUAUAGCUGUGAUCAAUGUGGGAAGAGCUUCAAUCAAUCAGGAGACCUAACUGCACACCAGCGCAUACACACAGGAGAGAAGCCUUAUAGCUGUGAUCAGUGUGAAAAGAGCUUCAAUCGUUCAGGAAAUCUGACUACACACCAACGCAUACACACAGGAGAGAAGCCAUAUAACUGUGAUCAGUGUGGGAAGAGUUUCAAUCAAUUAGGACAACUGAUUACACACCAACGCAUACACACAGGAGAGAAGCCUUAUAGCUGUAAUCAGUGUGGGAAGAGCUUCAAUCACUCAGGAGUCCUGACUAGACACCAACGCAUACACACAGGAGAGAAGCCUUAUAGUUGUGAUCAGUGUGGGAAGAGCUUCAAUCAUUCAGGUACCCUGAGUGAACACCAACGCUUACACACAGGAGAGAAACCUUACAGCUGUGAUCAGUGUGGGAAGAGCUUCAAUCACUCAGGACACCUGACUAUACACAAACGCUUACACACAGGAGAGAAACCUUACAGCUGUGAUCAGUGUGGGAAGAGCUUCAGUCAAUCAGGAGACCUAACAGCACACCAGCGCAUACACACAGGAGAGAGGCCUUAUAGCUGUGAUCAGUGUGGGAAGAGCUUCAGUCAAUCAGUACACCUGACUAUACACCAACGCAUACACACAGGAGAGAAGCCUUAUAGCUGUGAUCAGUGUGGGAAGAGCUUCAAUCGUUCAGGAUACCUGACUACACACCAGCUCACACACACCGGAGAGAAACCUUACUCCUGUCUAUGUGGAAAUAGUUUUGCUCAUUCAGGGUCACUGAAAAAACACCAGAAAUCACAAAAAUGUUUUCUUUCAUCUCCCUCCUCUCCGGCAGCGGUUCCAGAUCCCUAAAUAAAGUUUCAAUAGAAAACAUCUUGUAAAGAGUCAUCCAUUUCCCAUUCUCUAACAGUUUACUAAGUCUGAUUACCAUGGUAACCUGUGUAGCAUAAUAUGCAGCUCUGGAUCCAUAUGUAUCAAGUGUCUUGGAGUAGGAGUGCUGUGUGUGUGUGGUGGAGUGGGGUGUUCAGAGCUGUAUCUUAUUUAAUUUAUUCCUUUUAUCCUUUAAAUAAUAAUAGAAUAAUGUUUCAACAAUACUAGGUGUGUAUUCAUGCAUUCAGUAGAUCAAUAUAUUAAAUCCAUUA